ACAACAGAAUUACUUGAAAAAUGUGAUGUUAACAAUGGGAGUGACAACACUAUGGAACUUGGUGAUAGAUAGUAUACAUGACCAAACAUGUUACCACUUGUGAUGUGUAACAAUGGGAGUUACAAAGCUAUGGACCUUGCUGACAGAUACUUGUCAGUAUGAUUUACCUGUUUCCAGUUUACAUGGCCAAACCAUUGCAGUAGAUUUAAGUUCCUGGAUCUGUGAACUGAGGAAAAUACAAAUAGCACCAUCAAUACCAAAUCUAUACCUCAAGAAUUUAUAUUACAGAACAACAUUCUUUAUGAAGCAUGGCAUCAAACUGGUAUUUGUUGAAGAUGGAACAGCACCAGAAAUAAAAAAGGCAGCUUUGGUACACAGAAAUAACAACAGAGAGACAAGCUUAGAUAGAAUAGGAUUGAAAUCUAUAUCUGAAAAAUGCAGGGAGUUUUUGAACAACCUUGGUUUACCAUGUAUACAGAGUGUUGGAGAAGCUGAGGCUUUGUGUGCUCAACUUAAUCAUGCUGGUGUAGUAAAUGGUGUAUUGACAUCUGAUGGAGAUGCUCUGUUAUAUGGUGCUAAAAAAGUCUACAGAAACUUCAAAAUGAAUGAUGGUACUGUAGAUUGUUAUGAUAUGGUUGAGAUAGAAGAGAAGUUAAAAGUUGACAGAAAAGGUCUUGUUGCCAUGGCAUUAUUAUCUGGAUGUGAUUAUGAUAAAGAUGGUGUUAAAAAUGUUGGUGCACAGAAGGCGUAUGAAUUCGUACAACUCUGUACAAAGUUAGGUGUUGACCCACUGAACAGGAUCAUGACUUGGAGAACAAACAGUGAGUUAAAGACUUUACAGAAAGUGAAAGAAAGUCCACAGAAGAAACCAUCACAUUGUAUUGUGUGUAAACAUUUAGGUACUAAGCCUGACCAUUUUAAGAAUGGUUGUAUACCAUGUGACACAAAGCAGUCAUGUGACUCAGAUAAUCAAAUCAGCUGUACAUGUGAUAGUUGCAAUGUUGAUCUCCAUAAGUUUGAAUUGAAAAUGAGAGAAAAAGCUUUGAGAGAUCCAGGUUUUCCUAAUCAAAUGAUAAUUGAUGAAUUUCUGCAGUCAACAAAAGAAUUACCAUUACCUCUACUGGAAUGGAAGCCAGUCAAUGUAUCCAGUCUAAAAACCUUUAUCCAAAACCAUAUACGAUGGGCAAAUGUUGAAUUCUUUAAUAAAAUAUCUGAACUUCUAGUCAUUCUACAGGUUAAUGGUAUGGAAUGGGCAGUAUUAGAAAAACUUCAACCUGAAAGAAUUGUUAGAAAGAGUAUAUUGAAAAAGACUCCUUCUGUUAUUGUUGAGUGGACGAAACUAAGAAUCGAUACCAAUACAGAGAAUUCGAAGGAAAUAACAGUGUCAGAAGAAAACUUCUCCAGGCGCUAUCCCAGUAUGUUACACGAUUUUAACCAGAGAAAAGAAGAAGAAAAGCUUCGUAAACUCGAAGAAAAAAAUGCCAAUAAGAAAGGAAAGAAGAGAAAAGAUACCAAAAAUGAUAAGGGACAGAGGUCUAUUACAGACUGCUUUGCAAUCACAAAAAAGGCCAGGAGGUCACCAACCCCUCCAAUGAAAAAUGCUAAAAGUUGGUCAGAGCAGGUUAUUGACAAUACUACUGUCACCAAACCAAAAAAGUCUAGAACUUCUGUAGCUAAGCAUGCUGGCAGUUCUAAUCAAAUGUGUGAUGUUGAUAAUACUACUGUCACCAAACCAAAAAAGUCUAGAUCUUCUAUAGCUAAACAUGCUGGCAGUUCUAAUCAAAUGUGUGAUGUUGAUCUUACUACUUUCACCAAAAAAGCUAAAUUUUCUCAAUCUAAACAAUCUGGUAGUUCUACAGGGGACUGUGAUGUUAUUAUUAUUGAUUAAUUAGUUGCUUGUUAUGUUUUAGUGGUAAAUGAAAGUUUGUGAUAGAGAGAAAGAGGUAUUAGAAGUUUAGUGUAUGUUUAGUGUAUGAUUAGUUAGAUUUCUGUUUUUACAGACAUGUGAUUUUACAUAUAUGUAAUCCAACUAAAGUGCACAUUAUUUUAAUUCAUUUUGCCAAGUGAUGUUUAUUUUUUAUGUAUAUGUAAAUCUAUUGAGGAAUUGAUUUUGUUGCAUAAUGUGAACUUGUUGAUAUUCUUUUUCCAAAAAUUGGUAACUUUUAAAGCCAUGCAAAAUUAAUUUUUCAAUCUUUGCACAUUUCUUCAUUGAUUUAUUGUAGAUAAAAAUGUUGAUAAAUUAUUUUCUUUAUCAAGUAAACGUUAAUUUUUAACUUUUCAAAAUUUAUCCUUGACCCUUAGUAAAUCGGUCACCUAAGCAAUUAUGUGCAUUUUUAUGCCCCUGCUAUAGCGGAGGGGGCAUUAAGUGUUACCCUUGUCCAUCCCAUCUGACGGUCCCGUCCUUCCAGAAAAUUGGUUUCCCUUCUCGAACUUUAGUUUGCCUCAACCAAAUGUUAUAAUGGCGUCACUUUUACCGUUCAUGAGUUAUGCCUCUUUAUAAACAUAAGAAUUGCUGAAUUUUUCGUUUCCGUUCUCUAACUUUAGUUUGCCUCAACAAAAUGUUAUGAUUAUAAUCACAAAACAGUCUUAACUACGUGAAUCCUGCAUUUGUAUAUGGAAGUUGACUCAUGCAUAUUUACAAGUGGGGGCAUCUGUGGCCCAUAGACACAUUCUCCAUUUAUUUUGUUUUUCUCUUAAUGGGAUCAUUAGAAGUUGUUUUUUUAAGAAUUUUAAUGUUUUUGCAUGAACAAAAAAUCAGGGUAACCAAACUUUAAAAAAAGAUUGAUCAAAAUUGUACUUUGAUAUUGUGUUAUCUAUAUUUUAUUAUAAGUAGCAUUGAUGUGUUAAAUUUAUGUGGUCCCUACACAUUUUUAACAUUGACAAGUUAUAGUUUUUGUUAAAAUUUUAUGAUCUUUUUAAAAUUUUUAAUAUCUACAAAUAUUGUAUUGAUUGAAGUCUGCAUUUAUAUUUGUUUGAAGAAUAUUUUUCAGUUGCAUGAGGUCAAAAUUUUUCAUGACUUUGACAAAGAUUAUGCUGAAGCAAAUCAGUAAAAGGCCACAUACCACAAUAUUUGAGCCUACAAACUGAAGUAUUUCUUUUGAUUAUUUCAAAACUAACUGAUAGUAAAUAUUUUUAAUUGAUCUGGGUCCUUAAUUGCAUUUCAUUCAAUUAAAUUACCUCAGAAAGUAAGAAUGGAAAUUGACACCGCUUAUCUCCAAUUUCAAUGGAAAACUGCAUAUUCUUUUUUCAGGAAAUAGUGAUUGAAUACUCGACCUUGUAUUUUAAGAAGUCCCAAAAUGUAUGCAUGUUCUUAAAUAUGUAUUUGAAAUGAAGUAAAUAUAAUGUCUGAUGAUGAAUUUUUGUAGUAAACAUAGGUAUUACUUUAUGAUUAUCAAGUUUUGAAUAAGUUUUAACUUGUUGCACUAGGAGUUACAUGAACAUUAACAAAGGCUUUUGCUAUUUUCCAACCAAUACAUUUAUGUAGAAUGGUGAAGUACAUCAUUCUACAAUUGAAAAGUCUUUAUCCACAUUUUUUAUACUUUUUUAUGAUUUUGUACUAAAGUUUUUUAUCAUGUAAUAGUGUGAAUUUUUCUCUUAUUUUUGUUUUUACAGUAAUCAAGAUAAGGUCUGACAACAGAUAUUAUUAUGACCAUAGUAUAUUGUUGAUAUUAUAAGUGGCAUUAAUAUUUGUUAUAAUAAUGUGGUGUUAACAGAUUUUUAAUAUCAGCCCAUAUUUGUUAUGCUUAUUUGUUACAAUCUUUUAUAAUUAUACACAAGUGUAAACUUUGUUUAUUAUGUUUGUAACUACCUAGUCAUAUUUUUUACACUGUGUUCAUUAUAAAUCAAAUCCAAACAUCUGUGAUGGUAUGAUUCAAGGGUAAAGAAUAUUUUUUUCAGACUAUGAUAUUUGGGUGCGAUAAAAGGGUAAUGACAUUUUGACUAUUUUGGUUAUUUUGUAAAGCUUGCUAUUUUGCAAGUUCUGAAAAGGUGCUGUUUCAAUGAAUAUAGAAUAUUAUAAAUGUAUCAAUAGCUUAAUGCAUCACAUUUUCUGAUGUUUAAUGAGGGUUUUAAUAAUGCCCACUGUCUUGUGUUUAAGCGGGAAUUUGGAGUGUCAACAUAUCUUGUCUCAACCACAUUUAGCCAUCAUUUUUUAAAAUAAGGAAUAAUGAAGAUAUACAUUUACAUCAAUAGAUAAUCUUUAUGAUAAAACCUUUUGUUCACUAACAAGUGUAAAAGAUUAAAAGUUGAAAUUCUAUUAACUAAUCUUAGUUCAGAAAUUUUAGAUGUAACACAUUAUUUAUUUUAAAGUGCUGUUUGAAAAUGGCCCAUUAUCCAAGUAUCUGGAGGAUGAGAUGGAAAAGAGGCAUUCUAGAAGGAAGCCAAAAGGGGUUGAAUAUGAAUAUUUUAUUCUGUCUCUUUUUAAAGCAAACACACAGAAGGCAAGUGCAAACAUCAUUUAUUGGUAUCAAAUCUAACGGGUUUGGAAAAAAUAAAAUCACAAGUUUUGUCAUCAUUGGCACUCCACUAUUUCUUUCUAAUCAAAUGCAAAAUGCUAUGACUCCAGAAAAAACAUCUAUCACAUAGACAUACCAAAUACUUCAAAUUCCUCAAACAUUAAAAAAUGUGCAGGAAAAUACUACCAAGUAUCAGACUUGACAAAAAAAAUGCUUGGAUAAUGGGCCAUUCUAAUUACAGAAGCCGACAGGCUUCUCAAGUUGAAUAUGAAUCUUUAAAGUAACCAAUAAAUGGAACAACAAAUAAAUUAAUAUGUUAUUAUUAUCAAUAAUAAUUCAAACAUCAGCAGUCUAAAACACAAGUCAUUGUCUAAAACAUCACUGCUCAAUAAACAUCUUGUGAUAAGUUCAUUGACAAAUACAUGUUUCCAAUUAUAAUAGUCAAAACAAUCCACAAUGGAUAUAACAUUUCAAGUAUAUAUAACAACAUCCCACAUGUGUAUGUAAUCCAAUUCCAUAUCUAGUCCUAGUAAAUUAAAUUGCAGCACAUCUUCACAAAAUCAUCAUAACUGUAGUACAUUUAUACAUAAUCAUCACUUGCUGACUGUCCUGGUCAGCAACAACAAAGUAAUUGUACCAUGAUGCAUCCUCAAAAUACUGUAAAAUAAAUUUCCAUUUACUGAGAUAAAACUACAUUAGAAAAUUUAACAACAUGUUCAUCAGAUUGCUGAUUUCUAUCAUUUAUCUGGAAUCGGUAAUAGAAUUUUUUUAAUGUUUUUGCUGAACGCCAGUUUGCAGUUUUAAGAAUGUCAUUUAAUGAUAUUCCAGCCCUGAAUUUAGCAUAAGUUAAAGCUCCUCUGGAGGAGUGAGCCUUAAAUAAGGAUAUUUCAAUUCCUGAAACUGUAAUACUAACUUUAACUAUCCGGCAAAAGUUGAAGUUGAAAUUUUUUAAAAGUUUUAAAUGAAACCAAGACAUUACUAGAUUUUCUUUGUUUUUUUGUCACUUUAAGAUAAUAUAUUAAAUUAGUGACAUGACAUAAUUUUCUUCUGUCAAACUUAAUCAAAUCUAUCUUUUGGCUUACUCUACUAACUUUGGAAGUUUUUUGCAAACUUGUAACUAUAACAGAAAUACUUUUCUUAUUUUUGACAUAUUUUUCAAAUCUAAACUUGUUAGAGUUUGUGCUCUCUGUGUAAGGAAAUUCACAAUCAGAAUUUCAGAGGUUGAAGUGGAAUUAAUUUUCCAUUUAUGACACCAAAGUGUCAAUUUCGACAACUGAUAGUUAUACUGUUUUGCUGUGGAUGGUCUCCAUGACCCCAACAAAAUGCCACUAGCGAUUUUUGAAACUCCCUUACUUUUAAGGGAUCUCCUGAUAUUAAACAGGCGACUAAGAAUAGUUUUGUUUGGUUCAUUGGAUGUAAUGUAUUGUUGUGAGCCAACAUAAGCAGAUCUUUUUUGAAAGGAAGUUUCCUUAGGAAAUCUACUAAACAAUUCAAUAAUUUUGGAUACCGUGGCUGUGUGGUCCACAUUGGAGUAACUAAAAAUGCUAAUCUCACAUUUUCUUUCUGUAUUUCUUUUCAAAACUCUCUGGAUAAUGCUAAAAAGAAGAAAAAUAUGUGGUAAAUAAUCAUUCCAAUAUAGAGAAAAAGCAUCACAGGCUAAAUCAUCUUGGUUUGGGAACCAUGAAACAAAUUUGUCUAGUUGUUUAUUUUACCUACUGGCAAGUAAAUCAAUUUCUGGCACAACCCAAUUACUACAAAUUGCAUAAAAAACCUCUUUAUUCAACAUCCACUCAGGGGAAUCACUAAAUUGUCUAGAUAAAUUAUCUUGCAAAACAUUUUCAACACCAAGCACAUGAACAGCAGAUAAAUACAAGUUUCUACUUGUUGUCCAGACCCAAAUAUCUCUUCAAAUUUUCAACGGUGAUACAACACUGCCUCCCAUAUUAUUAAUGUAACUAACUGUUGUUACAUUGUCAGAUUUUAUACAGAUAUGUAAACAUUGCAAUUCAUUGCAAAGGCUUACAAGGCCAUAUUUUACUGCUAAUAACUCAAGAACAUUAAUAUGCAAAUUUUGUUCAACCUUGUUCCAUUUACAUUGAGUACUCGACUGACCAAAAACUGCACCCCAGCCUAAACCAGAGGCAUCUGUAUACAACUCUGCCUCGGUGAGCCAAAAUUUACUAUUUUUCCAUUUGCAAGUUCAAUUUUUCUAUCCACCACUGUAUAUCCUGUUUUGCUUGUACAGGCAAUAUUGUUUUUGCAUCAUACUCAUCAUGAAAAACCUUCAAAGCCUUACUCUUAUCGAUAUCAAGGUAUCUAUAAUAUAAUGGAGCCAUAAGAACUGCAUUUUAUGCCGAUGCAUACAUUCCAACCAGUGUAAUUAACUCUCUUAUUGUAGGUAGCUUUUUACUUACAAUUGUUUUUUGUAUCUUUUCUUCUUGAACUCAACAGAGUCAAUAAUGAAACCAAGAAAAGUUAUCCUUUGCGUAGGAACCAGAACAGAUUUUUCCUCAUUAGUAGUAAAACCUAGUGAUCUCAUCAUUUGGAGUAAAAGAAUCAGUAUUAUCUUGACAAAUUUUGCUUGAAAAUUCGAGUAACAGAAAAUCAUCUAUGCAAAAAUAAGAACCUGUGACCAUGCUUCUGAUAUAAGAAAAAUUAAGUUUCAUAACUUUUGUAAGUAUUCUAGGAGCAGUGCUCAAGCCAAAAAAGUAAAUUCGAAUAGUUGACCCUUCCACAAAAAAUUUAUAAAUAUUUUAUAUCAUCAUCAUGAAUUUAAAUUGAAAAAUAUGCAUCACGCAAAUCAAUGGAAGUAUAAAAUUCACAUCUAGAAAGCCCACAUAGAACUGUUUGAAAACAUUCUUCUUUAAAAUGAAAAUAUUUCACAAAAUGGUUAAGUCUCACCAAAUUUUAAACAGGUCUAAAUUUAACAUUUUUCUUUUUCACUAGAAACAAAUCUGAAAUAAACUCAUUUCCUCGUGAAAAGAUUCAGUAAUGGCCCCUUUAAUCGAUAACAAAUCAAAACCAUCAAAUUCACUAUUCACUUCCGGUUCUUUUUGCAGUGCACUCACUUGGUCGGGACUUGCAUUAAAAUGAUUAGUAUUUGCCUUAUAGUCUAAAAAGUCUUCAAGAAGACUACAAAUUCAUAAACUCGGUUUUCCUAACCUCUGUAGGGUGGGUCUUUUACUAGCUUUACUAGUCGACUGCAACGCAUCACCACCGGAGUUAUCUCUACUUCUUUUUAGUGGGGCCUUCCCAUCGUGGUUUUUACCAGGACCCUUCCGGGGACCGCUCGACUUUUUAGGGUCAUUAGUUUGUUGUUUAUCAACACUAUUCUCACCUGUCGGUACACACGGUGCAGACAACUCAGAGCAACUUUCUUCGUCUGAAGCGAAUAAUUUCAUAAUGUCUGCUUUCUCGUCACUUAAGAUUAAGAGGACGGUCCUGGUCGGACUCUGAAUCACACAAAAAACUGGACAUGGCCACAAUGUCCACAACUUGAAAGCACGUGUCGCGUUUGGUAAAAGCUGAGUCAGUAGAUAAGUUGUAAGUUUAACACGUGUCUUACAGCCUUGGAAUAAAAAGAAGCCGAUUCGAGUAUAUCAUUAGGUUUUAUAGUACACGGCUCACUGAGCACAGGACAAAUCCAUUUCUGAUUGAUAUAUAUUUUUACCUGUAUUUACCUGUAAAAAAGGUCGUCUACAGCCAGUAGGAAUAAGAUAUUUAUAUUUAACAUGAGAAGCCUGCCGGCUUCUGUAGUUAAAAUGGUCCAUCAUUCAAGCAUUCAUAGGGUGUGAUGGAUGAUGGACGUUCUGUAAGGAAGCCGAAGGCUAUAAAGAACAAAGAUACAUAUCUUAUUCUACAGUAUACACACCUAUAUUCUGUCUCAUUUCAAAGUACCCUGAAGAAGAUGAGAAAGGAAAACUCAUUUAAUUUGUGCAUAAUAUGGGUGGGCUAUUAACCAAGGGCAGGUCAUAAGUUUUGUAAAAAUUCUAGGUGCACUUGCUAACCAAAAACAAAGAGCAGUUAAUUCAUAAAUCUGAACCUUUAAAACAAAUUACAAAUAUUUUCUACAUUUGUUGUGCAUAGAAAUGAAAAAAAUUGCAACACACAAAUCUAUGGAUGUAAAAUAAUGAUUCUUUGCAAUUCUCAACAAAACAGACUGUAAAUUUUCCUGUUUGAAAUGAAAAUAUUGCACGUAUUUAUUCAGACCUUUCAAAUUUAUUAAUGGCCUAAAUUUGCCAUUCUUCUUCUGAACAAAAAAAAAAUUAGAAACAUUCAUCUUUCUCAUGUUUUGAAUUUUGUAUUGCUCUUUUUGACAAUAAAAUUUAAAUUUCAUUAUCAA